AUGAUCUCCUCCGAUGAGAAAAACGAGACUACUACUGUGAAACAAGUGGGCAUCGAAUUGAAGCCGGAAACGGAACAAAAUGGGACUAAUGAAACGGAAUCCAAUCAAAUGUCAGAUGUCAAAAUCAUUUUACCGGAGGGAAUGAUCGUGCGAACAUCGAGUAAAAGUACCGGCCGAGAUGUGGGCAGUGAAUAUACUAUGCAUCGGGGUGGAAUCGGUAUGAUGUAUCCCCCACAUGCCGGAUAUCCGGGAUCAUCUCCAGACGAUCUGGUGGAACAGAUUCGACUGUUACAAUCACAGGUGAAAUUUUGGCGACAAAAUUACCGUCGAUGUGAAAAGUAUCGAGGCAAAAUUCGGUCCGCACUGAGUACCGAAAUCAAACGAGCAAAGAAUGCCGGAUUUUCCGUUCGCCAACUCUCAUUGACCGCAACACCGGUUUUGUUUGGUACUGUUUGGUUGCGUAGAUUUUUGUGA